CACCAUCAAUGGCGAGCACAACCGAGCGCGCUGUCGUGGACACGCCUGCCCCUGCGGCCAACCGCCUGACCAUCGAAGAGGCCUACAAGGAUGACAAAGUCGACUUUGAGCUGAUCAAGCGCCAUUUCGUCAGCGAGGGUCGAUUGUCCGAGGAUCUCGCUCUGCGUAUUCUGCGCGAGGGCACUGCCGUUCUGCGCGCCGAGGAGACCCUUCUUAACAUUGACGCACCCAUCACUGUUUGCGGCGACAUCCAUGGCCAGUUCUUCGAUCUCAUGAAGCUGUUCGAAGUCGGCGGUCAUCCAAGCACAACACGAUACCUUUUCCUGGGCGACUAUGUUGAUCGCGGCUACUUUUCGAUCGAGUGCGUCUUGUAUCUUUGGGCCCUGAAAACCACCUUCAAGGACUCUCUGUUCCUCUUGCGAGGCAAUCACGAGUGCCGACACCUGACAGAGUACUUUACAUUCAAGCAAGAAUGCAAGUACAAGUACUCUGAGACCGUCUACGAAGCAUGCAUGGAGGCCUUUGACUGCCUACCACUGGCAGCUGUUAUGAACGGACAGUUCCUUUGCGUGCAUGGUGGAUUGUCGCCCGAAAUCAACACAUUGGAUGACAUCCGAAAGAUUGAUCGAAUCCGAGAGCCCCCGGCGUACGGCCCCAUGUGCGAUCUGCUAUGGGCAGACCCCCUCGAGGACUUUGGUGAAGAGAAGGACGAUGAUUUCUACGUGCACAACCACGUUCGCGGCUGCUCGUUCUUUUACAGCUACCACGCAGCGUGCGCCUUCCUCGAGAAGAACAACUUGCUGUCAAUUAUCCGCGCACACGAGGCACAAGAUGCAGGGUAUCGCAUGUACAAGAAGAGCACCACCACCGGCUUCCCAUCGGUCAUCACCAUUUUCUCAGCACCCAAUUACCUCGAUGUCUACAACAACAAGGCUGCCGUUCUCAAAUACGAAAACAACGUCAUGAACAUUCGUCAGUUCAACUGCUCACCGCAUCCGUACUGGCUGCCCAACUUCAUGGACGUCUUCACCUGGUCGUUGCCAUUCGUGGGCGAGAAGGUUAUUGCCAUGCUCAUGGCCAUGCUCAAUAUCUGCUCCGACGAAGAGCUGGCUGAUGACGACACUUCUGAGGAAGGAGCUGCUGAAAAGGCCGCUCGCCGAGAAGCCAUCAAGAACAAGAUUAUGGCUGUCGGCAAGAUGGCCCGUCUGUUCUCGGUUCUCCGUGAAGAGAGCGAGAGCAUUCUCACCCUCAAGGGUCUCACUCCCAACCAGCAGCUGCCUCAAGGCAUCUUGUCCAAGGGCAAGCAAGGCAUUAAGAGUGCAAUCACCACGUUCGCCGAGGCCAAGGAAGUCGAUCGUGAGAACGAGCGCAUGCCUCCGCGAAAGGAUUCAACAGAACAAGAUCUGGCUCGCAACAUGUCGCGCAUGAAAGUGUAAAGUGCUCGACGUGCUGCAAGGCUCUCCCUGAAAUUCGCGGUGAACAUUGCGCGGUGGGCUCGCCUGGGAAACCCCCCCCAUUUUUUCGUCGUUUCAGUUGGCCUACUUUCAUCAUCUCUCUUUUUCCUUUUUUUUUUGUUGUUGUUUGAAGCCUCCUUUUUGUGUCCCUGUGAAAAGUCCUUUUUUUCGGUUUGCCUUCUACUCUUUGCCGGUCUCUGACUGUGUCUUCUCUCAUCUUCGACGCCCGGCUGCGCUGCUGACUUGCUUCCAUUUCUUUGGGGUUUGUCUUUUGCGUAUGCAUUUUUCAACUCGCCUCGUCUCCCGAGAGUCCUUUCGGGGGGCCCUCGUAUUAAUUUUCGUUGUUGUCUCUUGUUGUCGUCUUUCGCAUGGCCCUUCAUUCUGUUCCCCUUUUGCUUUACCAAUUCCCUACGUGUCAGAAUUGUCGGUUUUUUGUUUGUUGUGAAAUGCGUUCUGCAUGAAGCGCCAGUUAUCCAACUUAUCAGCUUUGUUUGUCUGCUAUCCUGCAACGCAAAGCACAUUAAAAGCAUUCUUCAAUGGA